CGCUAUCAACAUACGGAUAGAUCGAGAUUGUUGCAAAUAAGUUGUCAAGUGUUAGGUGUAAAACAAGAUGAUAGCUUAGAUCAUAUUAAAAGUGUUUAUCAUGAUUUGGUCAAAAAAUUGCAUCCUGAUAGCUCAUCAGGUCAAGCCAAUUUAUCGCAAUUUGUAAAAGUUCAAAAUGCCUACAAAACAAUACUAACUCAGGCAUUAGAUGAUCCUGAUGAAAUUGAAGAGCUAACGCGUGAUAUGCAAUUGGAUGAAUUUGAAAAUAAGGUGUUACAACAUCGUACCAAAUUAUCCACUGAUCCUGCGACUUCGACGGCUUCUCCAGAAGAGAAACAAGCUACUCUUAGGCAACGUAUGGAUAAAGCAGUUGAAGAAACUGCUGAUUAUCAUGUCCGUUUAGUUGAUAAUAUGACUGUUGAAAUGAAUAUCCAACAAAAGUAUCAAGAACCUGGUAGAAAAGGGAAAAUCGUGCAAAGUAUUGAUCGGAUUGCUGAAGAUUUUAUCCAACAGGCCGUCCAGGGAGGCCAAUUUGAUAAUUUACAUCAAUUAGAGGGUUAUGGAAAACCUUUAAAAGAGGAACACGAAGGAUUGCUGGAUGGUACAGAAUAUCGUUUAAAUAAAAUGCUUGUCAAUUCAGGUUAUGCACCCAACUGGAUCCUGCUUGGGAAAGAAAUACGUGAAGACAAAAAAUUUCUACGUGCCAGGCUGGAAGAUCGAGCUGAACAAGUGCAAAAAAAGCCCCGAUGCAACGAGAAGCAAUUAAAUUGGAAAAGGGCUGUAAAAUUUGUUGAAGAACAAACUAUUAGGAUUAACGAAAAUGUCGAUAAGUAUAAUAUGCAUGUCCCACUACUUAAAAUGCAAACCGUUCGUUUCGAUUUAAAUCGUGAAAUGGAGAAAGUUAAAAAA